AAAUAAUUUAGAAGAGAGAGAGAGAGAGAGAGCAAAAUAAAGGAGGGAGUAUGAUUUUGUAAUAGAAAACUGAAAACAGUAAUAGCUCAAAAGAAAAUAGAGCCAAAGGGUAUAACAUUAAAUUCACAUCAAAUCCUUUUCAAAGGUUUGCAAAAAAGCAUUUAUACCCUUUUCUUGGGCCUUUUUUUGUUCUUUAUUUUUGUGCUAUUAUUGCAUUUCAUUUCAUCCCUAAACAUCUAAAUUUAAGCCACAAGCUUUGAGGUUUUGACCUUUUGUUGGGUCAUUAGCUUUGAUUAGUGGGAAAAGUUCUUUGUAUGUGCAGAGAGAACAAAGGCUAAAGAGAAUGGAAGUGGGUCAGAUGCAGAGAAGAUUGGUGGACUACACAAAAUCCUUGUUUAUGGAGGGUUUCUUGGAUGCUCAGUUUUUGCAGCUUCAACAGCUUCAAGAUGAGAGCAACCCAGAUUUUGUUGUUGAAGUUGUGUCUCUUUUCUUUGAUGAUUCAGAGAAACUUCUUAAUGAUCUCACCAUGGCUUUAGAUCAGCCAAGUGUAGAUUUCAAAAAAGUUGAUGCUCAUGUUCAUCAAUUGAAGGGUAGCAGUUCCAGCAUUGGUGCACAGAGAGUUAAAAAUGCUUGCAUUGCUUUUCGUAGCUUCUGCGAGGAGCAGAACAUCGAUGCGACACUGAGAUGUCUUCAACAAGUGAAACAAGAGUAUUACCUUGUGAAGAACAAGCUUGAAACUAUGCUCAGGUUAGAGCAGCAAAUCGUGGCGGCUGGUGGGUCGAUUCCGAUGAUUGAACUGGGUUUUUGAGGACCAUAAACAUGAAGGGGGGAAAGAAUGAUUUUGGGGGUGGUUUAUACAAUAGGAACAUAUGGUGUUUAAGGUUUCUCUUUUUUAUUUAAUCUUACCAGUGAGUUUGUGAUUGUUUGAUGUUCAUGAAAGAAGAGAUUUCAUACUAGUUUCACUCCAAAUAACUUCUAAAAGAACCUUUCUGUUGAUAAAUUUCCUCUUCAAUUAAUACUGUUUCUUCCAUGAA